AUGAUCAUCCCCAGGAGGUCCUCAGGACUCUACCCGCCGCCCGGUGUCACCGUCCGCCACCCCCCAACCAGCAACGGAGACCCGCCGCCGCCGCCGGAGCAGCCCGCACGCACCAGGGUAACCAUCACGGCCCCGCCGGCCAGCGAAGGACCCAGGCAGCCGGAGGCAACGCCGCCGGAGCAGACGGUACCAUCCAGGGUCACCAUAAAGUCCCCGCCAGCCGGCGAAGGGAGCUCAUCGUCGCCGCCCAAGCAGCCGGAGCAGCCCGAGAUGCGUCCGUCCCAGCCGGUGCCGUUGGUGCGUGUGCCGACGUUCUAG